GUCCGCAGGCGCCGUCGCGGCCCCGGAAGGCGACGCCGAGGCGGAAUGCCGUGCCGUGCGCUGCCCCCAUUGUGCCUGCUUCCCCCCGUGCCGUGGUGGAGGACGCUGCGGCGGCGCCGAGGGAGGAGGAGGAGGCGCCCGGGCAGAAAGGCGUGACCGCGGAACACGUGCUGCAGGUGCUGGAGGAGGCCCUGGGCGACCAUGCGGAGUGCGAGGGGCUGAAGCAGCUGCUUGGGGGUGACGUUGAGGCCUUCCUGCUUGUGCGGGUCCUCCUGCUGACGCGUGGCAAUGACAGAAACGCAUUUGAGAAUGGCAUCUUUAAGCUGCUGCUGUCGUUGAAGCCACAGAUUUCAGUGGAGCGGGUUAUCUUGUGGAUGUCGGGGCGUGACCGCACCGCGUAG